AUGUCGUCAAAGAAGCCAUUGUCUCAACUCUUGCCCAAAUCGAGCCGACAUUUCGCUCGCGAAGACUACUGGAACCGCUUCUUCAAGACACGCAAAGACUCGUUUGAAUGGUAUGCGGAGUGCCAUCACUUGCGGCCACUCUUUGCCCGAUAUGUCAAACCGAAGGACUCUUUGCUUGUCAUCGGUUGCGGGAAUUCCAGUCUCAGCGCAGACUUAUAUGACAUGGGAUUCACUGACAACACGAGUGUCGACAUCAGCGAAGUUGUCGUCCAACAGAUGAACCAGAAGUACAACUCCAGAGACGAGAGGCCGGGACUCGACUUCCAGUGUAUGGAUGUGUUUGACAUGAAGUUCGAGAAGAAUCGGUUCAAUGUUGUCAUAGAUAAGGGAACUCUCGAUGCGAUCGCUUCCGACAAACAGUCUUCGGAUAAUAUCUGCAAAAUGUUUGAACAAAUCGAUUCCGUACUCAAACCGUUCGGCCGUUAUCUCUGUGUCAGUCUUCUGGAGUCACAUAUUCUUAAACUGUUGAUGAAUUGGUUCCACAAAAACGGCAAUUGGCUGUUGAGGAUAGAGAGGAUCGAAUCGGCCGAAGAUAUGACACGCUUUCAGUCCACCGAAGACUCACUAGUUUUGCCCGUAUUUGCCAUCAUUUGUACGAAACUAAUGCCGACAACUGAUGGCAAACCCAAUAACACUAUCAUUGAACUCGUGUUGAGUGAAACCAAUGGUAAACCGAAACGCCUGGACUCAAUCGCUGACGUCUACGAACCCAUUGAAUCCAUACAAGAGUUUGCAUUCAUUAGACAUUACAUACAAAAUAUAGAUCUUAGCCGUGAAGAAGAGGACAUCCAUUUGGAUCUAUUCGACGAAAACGAUUUACUCAGUCCUCGAUAUACUCUGUAUUUCUCGAAUUACAUUAACAAGAGAUCCAAAUGUGUGUCCAGUUUUGGUGUAUUUAUAGUACCCUCGGGUCGAGAGAUUGAAUGGCUUUUCGCCACAUCUAAGGGACGCAUAGAACUGACCAAACAGUCGGGUUUUGAGCGCCUGAUUGUCGUUCAUCUGAACCGAAAUCACAAGUUUGUAGAUAUGGAACAAAUCAAAAGCCAAUUAUCACCGAAAGUAAUGGAUUUUGUGCCGAAAAAUGUGCUAAAUUUGGACUCAAAGAUACCAUUCCUGUCGAUUGGCGAAGACGUCGGCAAACGAACCGUUGUUUUUCACGGGACGAGUGAUUUGAGCGGUGAUUAUGUGGUCGAAGAGAUUGUUGUUAACAAUAGUCAAUACCGAAGACUAGUAUUUCUGAAGAAUAAGAAUAUAAUCCAAUCGGAGGCCAAACUUAAGACAAUGAAAAGGGGAAAGAAAAUGGUUUCUGUCGUCGAUCCACACUAUCUCUCGUGUAGUCAUCACGAGAUCAUAACCGCUGGACUAACACUACUGGCCAGCGAUGUGUCCAAAGAGUUUAAUGUACUGCUGAUAGGUUUGGGCGGCGGAUGUUUAGUCACUUAUAUGAUUGAUAACAUCCGGACAAAAGUGAAACUGAAUAUAAAAGUCAUAGAAAUAGAUCCGGCGAUGAAAGACGUGGCCAUCAAAUGGUUUGAUUUCAAGACUAAGAGCUUAUCAAACAAAGUGGAGGUCGACAUAUGUAUUGCCGAUGGACUCGAAUAUAUUACACAAUUAGAUCCGACGAUCCAUUCGUUUGAUGUCAUUAUAUUCGACGUCGACAGCAAAGACGUGAACGUUGGCCUCAGUUGUCCUCCGAUGCCGUUUCUCGACACCAACUUUUUGGCCAAAGUUCGGUCACUUCUGGACCAAAGGAAAGGCAUAUUUAUGUUGAAUCUGGUGUCACGUAAUGAAGACAUCAAACUCGAUGUUUACCAAAGGCUUGAUAAGUGCUUUGAGUCUACAUUUGUCUAUUCAAUACAUCAAGAAUUGAAUGAAAUAUUGUUCGCAUUCCCGGCCAUGGAUUCUGUGCCCGAAUGGGUCUUUCAGAAAGGGUUGGCCAACAAAACAAACAUUUUAUCUCAACAUUGCUUUUAUAUACCAUUACUGAAAGAGUCAUACAUUGAUUUGUGUAGCAAUCGAUUUGCAAAGUUAUCCUCCGAUCCAAUCAUUCAUUAA